AGAGCUGUAUUUGUGACUAAUUCACAAGAGGUGUAUAAAUAAGGGUAAGAUUUUCCUUUAAUUCUCUGUUUAAUUUCAAUUGUAUCUAUAAAAAUAACUUACAUUUGUGAGUUUAUUUGAAAUUUAACCAUGAGUUACCUGUCAGACGAAGAAUCAAGACAAGCAAAGACAAUUGCUGCUGAAAAUAAUUCACAAAUUAUUAAAUCUUUUGAACAAGAUGAAGAAUCUUGUGUUGCUGUUGAGGAGGUUAAUGUAAAGGAACUUGAUAAAGUUUACCGUCGGUUGGAUUAUAGAAUUAUCCCUGCUUUAUGGUGUCUUUAUUUCCUUACUUCAUUUGGUUCUAGUGCUUAUGGUCUUACCUUAACUAUGAAUAAGGAAGUUGGCCAUUCUCUUACUCAAUCAUUGAAGCUUUCCAGUCAUCACACUGCUACUGCCCUGGCUCUUUAUUAUGUUGGUUAUAUUCUCUUUGAUGUACCUAUGAACCUUGUCAUGACCAAGGUUCACCCUCAAACUUGGCUUUCGAGAAUUGUGAUCACUGUUGGUUUUGUUUAUGCUUGUUAUUCGGUUCUUCACAAUGCUGGUGGUCUUAUUGCUGCUCGUUUCAUUAGUGGUUUGGUUGGUGCUGGUACUUGGCCAGGUAUGAGUUAUUAUAUUUCCCUUUGGUACCCUAAUGAUAGACUGACCAGACGUAUUGGGUACUAUUUCACUGCUGCACAAAUUUCAGCUGCUGUUGCAGGGUUGGUUAGUGCCGGUUUCCAAAAAAUGGAUGGUAUGAGAGGCUAUAUGGGCUGGCAAUGGAUGUACUUGGUUUAUGGAACUGUCACUGUGUGUGUUGGUAUUUCAUUGUUAUGGUGGUUGCCAGAUAGGCCAUUUGCUAAGCCAAGUGAGUCCACUAACAAGUUUAAACAAUUUUACUUUACUUUCUUCAAAUCCCCACAUCCAUUAAGUGGAACCCAAAGAGAAUUGCAUAGAAAGGAUCUUGAACACAGAUACAAGCUUUUGAAAUGGACUUGGAAGGAUGUUUCACUCAUCAUCACUGACUUGCGUAUUUGGCCAAUCAUUAUCAUGUAUUUUGGAGUUGUUGGUACUGGGUUUGGUUUAGCUGUGUUUGGAUCAACAAUUAUUGCCGUAAACAAUCCACGCUUGUCCUCAAUUCAGGUUUCGUUAUUGUAUGCUCCAAUCUGGUUAUUUGACCUUGGUGGAAUCUUGAUCCUUACCCCAUUUGCUGACAAAUACAAGAGAUUUCGUGCUGCUAUUUUCAGUGGUGCCUGUUUAAUUAUUAUGACUGGGAUGUUUGUUACUACAUUUGCUCAUGGAUCUUGGAACAAAUAUGCAGGAUUGUUGAUUGCAGGAUUUGGCUUAGGUCCAACCGUCCCCAUCUGUAUGUCUUGGAGUGCCGAGAUUUUCCAACCGCGUUAUGGAGAUGUUGGUACUGCUGUCAGUGCCGCUUUAGUCAGUGGUUUGGGUAAUUUAGGUUCGGUUACUGCUACAUAUGCAUUGUACCUGGGAUGGCCUGCUGAUGUUCCCAGAUUAUUCAAGUACUCCAAUAUGAUGUUGGUGGUUAUGUUGGGUGUGAGUAUAAUUGCAUCGGGAGUUUGUCACUUAAUUAGAAACAAGGUGAGACAAUAGUAAAGAGAGGUCAAUUGCUUAGUUGUAUCUACAUAAAUUACGUUGAACUUGUAAAAAGGAAAUAUUAAUAAACGUUUUGCAUAUAUGA